UAAAUGCUUAAAUAUGACAUUCCCGCAAAUAUUGGGGAAUAUCCCACGAAAUCCAGGGAAUUUAGGUGAAGUUUUUGGUGAAUGUCCUGCGAAAUUCCGUGAAUUGAGGUGAAUGUCUCCUGAAUUUUGAUUAAGGUGAAUGUCCCACGAAAUCCCGCAAAGGAGUGGUAUCGAUAUGGAGAACUGAAUUCAACAAUGUUUUUCUCUUAAACCAAUCAUUGAAAACAUUCUGUAAAAAAACACGGUAUUUUAUGUAAUGUUGACUGAUUGACAACAAUUUAAUGUGAAAAUUAUUUAGAAAUAUUUUAUAUAACUGUUUUUGUUAACAUUUUUUGUUUUUUUAGUGCAAUUGUUUUUGCUCCUUUCUACCAAUUCUUGAGAAUGAAAUAAAAUGUCUUUCCGAACCUUGUUGGAACAAAAUAGCAUAUACAACAUGUUUUUAGACCUCUCAAUAUUAUAGUCAUACAAAGGAAUUUUUGGUUAAUUUUAAAAAAGUAUUCAAAAAAUUAAAACAAAUUCCCCCCAAAAUAGAUAAAAAUCAAGAUAAACCUUUUAUUUCAUUAACAAGAUACUUUUUUAAAAUCAACCAAAAUUUCCUUUGUACAAUUACAAUAUUGAGAGACCUAAACAUGUUUUGUUUAUGUCGUUUUGUUCCAAUGAGGUUCGGAAAGAUGUUUUAUUUCACUCUGGAACCAUGAUACCAAGAACAAAACAAGCGUUUGAUGUGUUUUCUAAAACAAUAUAGCCUAGAUGAAAGUAUAUAGUACUAUAUGUUUUUCAAAAGAUGACCAUUAAAUUGACGAUGUGUUAGAUUUUUAGAUUUUUUUAUGACUGGUUUAAGAGAAACGUGUGUUCAAAAAAUUCCCCAUAUUGAUACCACUCCUUUGUUAUAAAAAUAUGUCCUGUGAGAAAAUUUUAGGGGUUGACAGUACUGCUCACAAGUAGCAAAAUUCCCUGUAUUAUUCAUGGUUUUUUGUUUGUAUAGUAAAUGAAAGAAGAAGGAAAAUUACAUGUUAGCAGGUACUAGUAACUAUUUCCAAAAGGGAUCGAUAAUAUAAAAAUUAUUUGGAGCCAUUUUGUUACUAAAAGGUUCAAAUUCCUUAAUUGUGGUCUACACUUUUUAGAGGGGGAACAAAGGAGGCCAAGAGGGGAACUUUCUCUUUGAUGACCACCACCUAAUAGUCAAGUAACAGGCAGCAUAAAAUAUCUCCAUAAACUUUAUGUGAUUAAUACCUAAAACCCACAAAUGAUUAUAACAUGAGAUUAUUUCUGUAAUUGCAGAUGACGGGGAGAGACGCUGGUUUUUGAGUAUGAUGUCUUGUUCGCACAGCCAAGUUAGCAACCAGGCAGACUGCCUGUGUAGUAUCAUAACAAAGGAUGCUCACACUGAUGAUCACUCUGUGAAUAGUGACUCAAUUAAUAUUGAUGAGAUAUAUCAAGUUCUUGGCAGAGAAGACAUGUUGAAGUCCAGUUUGUUGGAUGAUAUUGACUUAUAUCUUGAAUGUGAGGAUGACAACCUUUAUGUUGUGCCUGACAUAGUUGCUACAGUUGAAAUUGGUUCAAAUGUAGGAUCAAGUAUAAACACUUCAAACAUUCCAUUGAAUCUAAAUCCAGAAAAUGUUUCUGUGGGUGGGAUGUUUUCCAGUGAUAUUUGCUCUGAUGUCCCUCAAAGUUUACCUGCUGGAUUCAAUGAACUUUUGACUGAGCCAGUUAUGCAAAUGGAUAAAAUAUUGACAGAUAUGACAACAGUGACUGAAAUAGGCCAAGCUACUAAAUCAACAAAUGACUCCUCAGAUGUAUUAAAUCACCCUAGUGCUGAAGACAGGAAUCAUUUAUCCAACUCAAGUAUGCCAUCUACCAUUCCUCCCAUGAUAAACAAAGUUCAAGUUUCAUCUCUUCAUAGAAGUAUUCAUCACAAAUCCCAUUUAAGAAUCAGUUUCCCUGGUCACCUUCAUAGUAGUGUGACAUCACAAUUAUUCACAUGUGCACUUUGUCCAAAAGAAUUUACCAAAAAAUACAAAAUGUAUGAUCAUAAAGCAAAAAUGCACAAUGAAAAACAUCUAUUCAAGUGUAGACUGUGUCCAUAUAAAGGAACUUUAUCUAUUCAUAUGAAGAAACAUAUACUAAGGAAACAUAUGGACAUUUUGAAACAAAAUGAGAGAGUAUGUCAAAGUAAAGGGACCUCUUGUAAGAGUAGUUCAAAUCUAAGAAAAAUUGAUGUAGAAUCUUUUACAUGGAACCAAGAAAAUGAUGGGUCAAGAAAACAGUGUGCUGUCUCUAAUGGACCAAAGAAAAAUUUUGUUUGUCAGAAAUGCCAGAAAAGAUUCAGUUUAAAAAAGCAUCUGGAAGGUCAUGAUAAAACAGUUCAUCAAGAAAAGAUUUUUAAAUGUGAACAUGAAAAUUGUGAGAAAAAGUAUAGUAGAUUAAAAGAUCUGAAGUUUCAUGCAAAGGUUCACACAAAUGAAUUUCAGUGCACGUUUAAAAAGUGCACAAAAACAUUUAGAGAUAAAUACAAUUUACAGCAACAUAUGCAAGUACAUACUGGGAAGAAAUCCUUGUCUUGUCACCAAUGUAGUUUCAUGUGCAUACAAAAAUCUUCAUUGAACUGGCAUAUGAAAACUAAACACAUAGAUUCAGUUAGGUCUGUUGAAGAAGGAAUAAAAUAAUAAAAUUAUAUUGUCUGAAAUUCUAUCUUUAUGUAAAACUGAUAUGGUUUAUUGAGCAGUUUAAACCACAGUCGUAAAUCGGACAAAAAUGAGUGGAGUGUGGAGAAUAUGAUU